AUGUCGGGGUCCAAGGUGUACACCCUCGAGGAGGUGGCCAAGCACAACACCAAGGACGACUGUUGGCUAGUCAUCGGCGGCAAGGUGUACAAUGUGACCAAGUUUCUGGAGGACCACCCUGGAGGUGAUGAUGUUCUGCUGUCUUCCACUGCCAAGGAUGCUACUGAUGAUUUCGAAGAUGUGGGGCAUAGCACCACUGCCCGUGCAAUGAUGGACGAGUACUUGGUCGGUGAAAUUGAUGCAGCCACAAUACCCACUAAGGUGAAGUACACGCCCCCCAAGCAGCCUCCCUACAACCAGGAUAAGACCCCGGAGUUCGUCAUCAAGAUCCUCCAGUUUUUGGUCCCCCUGGCAAUAUUGGGCUUGGCUGUCGCUGUAAGGAUCUACACCAAGUCGGAAUCUGCCUAG